ACACCCACAUUAUUAAAAUGGCGGAAUCUCCAAAGCAUUCAGCAGUUCCCCGUUUCUCUCUUGUUGAGGAGAUCAAGAAGAGAUGGUUUCUCCUCAGUAUAGUGAUAGUUAUUGCUUUUGCAAAAAUAUACCCUCCUCUUGGAGCCAAACACGGUCCUCUUAGGCCAGAAUACACUGUCAAAUACAUUGCUGUGUCCCUUAUAUUCUUCAACAGUGGUCUAUCAUUAAAAUCUGAGGAGUUAAAGCGUGCCCUGGGUCAGGUUAGAUUACACUUGUUCAUCCAGUCUUUUACAUUGCUCUUCAUACCGGUCCUAAUAUUCAUAUUGACACACAUUCUGGAGCCAAUACACAUUAUGAGCCCUGUAUAUCUGAAAGGGUUACAGGUAGUCGGAUGCAUGCCUCCUCCUGUAUCGUCUGCUGUUAUUUUAACUAAAGCCGUGGGUGGCAACGAAGCAGCUGCUAUUUUUAACUCUGCUGCUGGAAGCUUUAUUGGGAUUGUCGUAACACCAAUACUAUUAUUAAUAUUUGUAGGUACUUCUUCUUCUGUCCCAUUCUUGUCAAUAUUUACUAAAUUGUCGAUGACUGUUCUAGUUCCAUUAAUAUUAGGACAGAUUUCAAGAAAUUAUGUUAAGAAUUGGCUUGAAGAGAAGAAGCCUCCUUUUGGUACUAUUAGCAGUUGCAUUUUACUACUGAUAAUCUACACAACAUUUUGUGACACAUUUAAGAAAACUGAUAGUGAUUUUUCUAUUAGGAGUGUCGUAUCUGUUGCCAUACUUGUUGUCUUAACACAGUUACUACUUGUCGGUUUAGCUGCUUUCCUUUCUUCAUUUGUCAGUGAUUUCAAUCGUAAGGAUAGGAUUGCUGUCUUUUUCUGUUCAACACACAAAUCUCUCACACUUGGUAUUCCAAUAUUAAAGAUAGUAUUUGUUGAUUCGCCUGAUUUAAGUUCUUUCACUCUUCCCCUUCUCAUUUAUCAUCCUACACAGAUACUACUGGGAAGCUCUCUUGUCUCUAUGCUCCAAUCUUGGGUCCAGGGAGAAGAGACUUCUACUACUAAUGAUGACAGGCCUAUCGUAUAACUCCUCAGAUAUUAUGGGUAAUAAUUUUUACAUUUUAGACAUGUAGUUGUUAUUGAUUCUUAAUAAUAAGAUUAUUUAAAAUUGUAUAAAUAAAA